UAACGGUUGCACCUGGAAGUGGAGCGCGGCAAUCAGAAGAGAAGAGAAGCAGAAGAAGAGACAGACAUGGCGACGCCGAGUAAGAAGAAGAAGAAGUACGCUUGCAAGUUCCAAAAUGGUUGGAAAAAAGAGUUUCAUUUCAUCCAGGACAGCUCGAAGGGGAAAGGUUAUGCUAUCUGCACAUUUUGCUGCUCAGACUUCUCCAUUGAACACGGUGGCCGAACGGACAUAGUCGCUCACGAACGCUCGGAGAAGCACAAGUCUGCGGCCACGCUGCAGCAGUCACAGCCCAGCCUUAUGGGCCACCUGGAGGGGGUUACUUAUGCCGAGACCAAGAUGGCUAUGAUGAUAGCUGAAAGCAACAUCCCCUCCUCAUUUGCGGAGGUUUUCAACAAAUCCGUGAAGGAUAUGUUCCCGGAUUCAGAGAUCGCUCGCCAGUACGCGAAUGGCACAACAGAGGCUACUCCAACAGUGAAAGGUGCCAUUGCCCCGGAAUUGGACGAGGAAGCGAUGGAACUGAUUGACACGGGAUGCAUCUGUCAUCUGGUCCAGCUGGCCGCAGGAUGUGGCAUUCCGGCGCUACGCCAGCCUAUUGAAGACAUUCUCAGCAGUAUAUAUACUCACUUUGACAUCAGUGCCAAACUUUGUGAAAUCUCCAAUGAGUUUGUGGAGUUCACAGACUCAGAAACUCUGAAGAUCCUCCGAGACUGUGCGAGCAGGUGGCUCAGCUUGCUGACUUGCAUCAACCGGGUGCUCAGCCAGUGGGAUGCACUGCAGGCACAUUUUGCCAGGCAUGAGGAUGCGGAGAAGCCCGGCCAGGUGAAGAUGCUGGCGGAGCAUUUAACCAGCAAGAAGACAAAGUUCUUCUUCCUCUUCCUCUCCCAGGCUCUGAAACCACUGGCAGAGUUCAGUGUUAUGUUUCAGGCUGAAGGGGUGAUGGUUGGGGUGGUGAGGGCGCACCAGGAGAUGACCCGCCUGGUGAGAAGAUUCAUGGGAAGAUUUCUCCCUGCCAUCCUUAUUGCUGACGUCCAACUGAAGGACAUCGAGUUCAAGGAUGCCAGUCUCCAGUUGCCAGACAGCGAACUCUUUCUUGGGGCGGCUGCACAAAGUCUCUUGGAGGACAACAUGGAGGAACUUUCCUCCUCGGUCCCAAUGAUGAUCAAGGCAGUGAGAGACUUCUUUGUAGCUGUGACCACAAAGAUGAUGACUGCGUUCCCCCUCAACAACAUCGUCCUCCAGAACCUGAGCGUGUGACAGGGCUGUGCUGCUGGCUGCACCUUCAAAUACAACCACGUGUAGAGGAGUGUCAUGUGUGUAUAUGUGUAAA